UGCGACAAGAACGCCGACUGCUUCAACUCCUCGCGAUCCUUCACAUGCAAGUGCAGAGAAGGAUUUUACGGGGAUGGAAAUUAUUGCUUGGACGUAGACGAAUGUAUGGUAGAAAACGGUGGUUGCGUCCACAGGUGCAUCAACAGCAACGGUGGCUACCUCUGCAGCUGCUACAACGGCUUCAAACUUGAUGCCGAUGAUAAGAAUUGCGUCGACAUAAACGAGUGUGAACAGGACAAUGGCGGGUGUGAACAAGUGUGCGCAAACACGAUGGGAAAUUUUAGGUGUCUUUGUAGGGACGGUUAUCAUUUGUCGGAGGAUGGACGUAGCUGUAGAAAAGGAAAGAACUGGUGCCGUGAAGAUUACAACUGCCCGCACAUCUGUCAGCCAACAAAAUCAGGCGCUAUAAAAUGUCUUUGCCAUCCAAAUUAUCAGAUGGUCAAAAUUGGCGGGAAACGUGAAUGCAAAGCGACCUGCAAGCAUCACAACGGUGGCUGCCAGCACAUCUGCCAUGACACGCCACUCGGAACGAAGUGUAGCUGCCACGGCCGCUACCAGCUGCAGGCAGACGCUGUUUCAUGUGUCGCAACGUGCAAAGUGAACAAUGGCGGUUGUGACAAGAUCUGCACCAACACCGAGCACGGGCCCCACUGCUCUUGCCCCGCGGGCUACACCCUCAAGGACAACGGGAGGUCUUGCGAAGAUAUCGAUGAAUGCAAGACUAAGAAUGGUGGUUGCAGCGACGGUUGCAUAAACACGCAGGGGAGCUACGAAUGCACCUGCCUGAAGGGUUACAAGAUUCAUACCGACCGACUGACGUGUGUAGAUAUAGACGAAUGUCAGUUCGAAGACUCGUGCGACCACCAGUGUAUCAACACACCUGGCAGUUUCAAAUGUAGUUGCCGGCAUGGUUACGAGCAAUACGGCGGAACUCACUGCGCCGAUAAAAACGAAUGCUCCAUCUCGAACGGUGGCUGUGAGCAUACGUGUGUAAAUACGGAUGGCGGAUUCGUGUGUAGCUGCCACGAUGGCUACAGGCUCCAUACAAACAUGAAAGAUUGCGUGGAGUCGGUCGGUUGCAGCCCAUUGAGGUUCCCAGCUAAAGUUUCUGUGAAGUGUUCAACAGAAGAAAACAAAGAGGUCAUUUAUUUGCUGAUAUCAUCAUCAUCAUCAUCAUCAUCGUCGUCAUCAUCAUCAUCAUCAUCGUUAUCAUCAUCAUCAUCGUUAUCGUCAUUAUCAUCCGUCAAGUUUCUCGACUUCAAGUGCAACACUGUCAAGCGAAAAUUUAGGCACCUAAACAACAACAACAACAACAAUAAUAAUAAUAAUAGCAGUAAUAAUAAUUAUAAUAAUAAUUAUGACGGUAGGAGGAAUCUUGUUUCGGCUGAGUUUGAGAUCGAAGUUAAGUCCACUGCCCCGACUGAGGACUGCGGUAUCGAAUGCACGCGAAAACGAAUGGUAGAGAGGAAGAGAUCUUUUGUUAGAUUAAAACGAGACAUGAAGCCGAACGUUUCGAUUAAAUACGAUGGAAGACCUUACAAAGUGAUUGAGAACUCGUGGAGGUCUUCAAAGCCGCACGAUGUCUGCCUACCGGGUCAAGUACUGGUCAAGAAAAAAUGCGUGAUGUGUAGUUUAGCCACGUUCCACAACAACCAAACCAACCGGUGCGAGCCCUGCCCUCCAGGCACCUACCAAGACGAGGAAGGACAGACAACUUGCAAGAGAUGCAACGAGUUUCAAAAUGGGGUCGUUGGGGCCAAAAGUGCCCUCGAAUGUGGAGGUUAUUCCUGUCUUCCCGGACAUUACUCAGAAAAUGGAUUGAAACCCUGCCGACCAUGCCCACUCGGCACCUACCAGCCCGACCACGCACGCAUGAUGUGCAUUCCGUGUGGGAAUGGGAUCCUAACUGCAAGGACUGCAGCUGUCGGAUUUAACGAGUGUCUCGUCCCUGAACGCUGCAAAGCUGGCGAAUACUUCAGCAGAGAUGAGAAUCAUUGCUUGAGAUGCUCCCACGACACCUACCAACCGGAAGAGGGGCAAAACUUUUGCAUCUCGUGCCCCGGAGACACCCAGACGGAUGGGGAGGGGGCAACAUCUUCGGAGGAGUGCAAGGAACGCAAGUGCGGUGGCGAGAUUGGGCUCCAACAGGGUUUCAUUCAGAGCCCCAACUGGCCCGGUCAGUACCCAUCCAAGGUGGAGUGCACCUGGAAGAUCGCACCGGAAAAGGGUCGUCGAAUUUUGGUGGUCAUUCCGGAAAUUUACCUCUACGGCGGGGAUAAGUGUCAGGAUUUUUUGGUUAUGAGGAAAUCCGCCUCGCCCUAUUCUUUAACAACGUACGAAACGUGUGAGACCUCGGAGAGCCCUGUGGCUUUUACAUCUCGUAGCCGUGACCUCUGGAUCUAUUUUAAGACCGACGAGUCCAAUAACGCUGCUGGCUUUUCCAUACCCUAUGCCACAUAUAACGAGGAGUACCAAGACCUAGUUGAUGAUAUAGUUAGAGAUGGCAAGCUCUAUUCUUCAUUUCAACACCAGGCCGUUAUUAAGGAUCGCAAACUACUGGCCUCUCUGAUGGAGGUGAUAGCCCAGCCCUACAACUACAUCAAAUAUGCCAACAACAACAACAACAACAACAACACACAACAUUCUCAGUUCCCUGAUUCGUUUAUUAGAUUUCUAAGGCAUAAGGUGUAUAAGUUUUUUAAUAAGAAUAAAUAA